AUGUUUUCGAAACUGUGCAAUACUCAACAAGUGCGUAUUUGUGUGAGAAAAUCUCUUGGGGUGAACAGGAGAAAUAUCCGCACUAAACCCGAUUUCACUAAGAACACAUUUCAAGUUUCCAGAGGCGAUUAUAAUCAUCUACUCGAUGAACAUGUCAAAUAUUUCCGAAGUUUACUGGGCGACAAUAGAGUCGUUAUGGAUUUAUCAGACUUGGAAAAAUACAAUGUGGACUGGUUCUUGCAAGUAAGAGGUUGUAGUUCUGUGGUAUUGAAACCGAAAAACUCCGAAGAAGUUUCGAGAAUAUUAUCCUUUUGCAAUAAAGAGAGAUUGGCUGUUUGCCCGCAAGGGGGCAACACAAACGUUGUUGGAGCAGCUGUGCCGGUUUUCGAUGAGAUUAUCAUAUCCACAGAGUUGAUGAAUGAUAUAAUCAGCAUGGAUGAUAAUUCAGGUAUUUUGACGUGCCAGGCAGGAUGUAUUUUGGAAAAUCUGGAUGACUUUUUGGCGAAAAGGGGUUUCAUAGUGCCGUUGGAUAUCGGCGCGAAGGGGUCCUGCCAUAUAGGGGGGAACGUUUCCACAAAUGCGGGGGGGAUGAGGUUGCUCAGAUACGGAAAUAUGCAUGGAAAUGUACUCGGACUUGAGGUGGUAAAAGCUGAUGGAACCAUAGUAGACUGCCUGAGUUCUUUGAAAAAAGACAAUACAGGCUACCACCUCAAACAUCUCUUCAUAGGAUCUGAAGGCACAUUAGGAAUCGUCACCAAAGUUUCUCUGCAGUGUCCAUCUCGACCUACAUCAAGAAAUGUCGCAUUCUUAGGAUUACAAAACUUCGAAAAAGUUCUGAAAACCUUCAGGCUAGCUAAAGUGAAAUUGGGCGAAAUCUUGUCGGCGAUUGAGGUUAUGGACGACACGACGAUGGACUUUAUCAAAGAAAGGAACCAUCAGUGUUCUCCUAUAGGAGACUAUCCAUUUUAUUUAAUGAUAGAAACUGCUGGCAGCAACGAAAGGCACGACGAAGAGAAACUAGAUGGAUUUUUCGAGGAAUCAAUGCAAAAAGGGCUGGUUUUAAACGGAACAGUUGCUAGUGAACCGAAUAAAAUAGAAUCAAUUUGGUCGAUAAGGGAAAACAUAACGAACGGUUAUAAAUCUUGUGGUGGCGCUGUACUCUACUAUGACAUUUCUCUUCCCCUAGACAAUUAUUACAGGAUUGUUGACGAAAUGAGGAUUCACAUGGGACAGUCGUGUGUAAGGGUAUUCGGCUAUGGACAUUUAGGAGAUGGUAACAUUCAUCUUCAAAUUCAACUGAAAGAAUACAGUGAUGAGUUGAAACGUCACGUGGAGCCGUACAUAUACGAAAGAAUCACAGCUUUGAAAGGUAGCAUCAGCGCCGAACAUGGAAUCGGCUUCAUGAAAGCCAAAUACUUGGACAUGGUGAAGCCAAAAAGUAGCCUGAAUCUUAUGAGAGAGAUGAAAAGACUGAUGGAUCCCCAAGGCAUUUUGAAUCCUUAUAAAGUAUUUCAGUAA